ACAUAGUGUGUUGUUAGUAGCAGUGAGUAAAAACAUUCAGUGUUAUUUGACAUGUUCAACUUAAACAUUGAAUGUAGUAGUGCUGCGCGGGUCACGUGACAACGGGCAGUCCUGCCAUCAAAACAAACAACGCACUGCAGAUGAGUUUAUUGGUGUGAGGGCUUCGCUGCUCUUAUUGUGGUUGUAGUUUAGGUCGUUUAGCUUCUGUCACUGGUCAGAAAGUGUAUAGUAACGUGAACUGUAGAUUUAAUAUCCCUCAUCCAGAGCUCUGCUUUUACUCGAAUGGGCAUUCCUUUCCUCUGUCCCAGGAACAUGUCCUUGACACCAGAUGCAUGUUAUUUUGGGCUGCUGGAAGGGCAGGAGGAGGACAUUAAGCCUCAGGCAGCAGUGGUUCGGCGGAACCUGUUUGGCCCAGUGGACCACCAGCAGUUGCAGCAGGACUUCCAGAGGCUAUUCUGCAUGAAUGUUGAGAUCGCCAAACAGCGCUGGAACUUUGACUUUCAGAGGGACCAGCCAGUCCCCGGCUGCAUUGAGUGGGAGGAGCUGCAGUGCCAGGAUGUGCCAGUGUUCUACCAUAGCUGUGUGGUCAGGCCCGGUAUGGCAAAGCAAACAACAGUAGAAGCUUGUUCGUCUCCAGAUAUGGCCACAGAGAAAUAUCUGGAGCUGCGGACCAGAGGAACUUUGAGGGGAACCAAGUCAGAGAAGAGAAUGGCUGCAUUGCUGGGGGUCAAACGCACACAAGCAAACAUCACAGACUUUUUCAGAGUGACAAAAAGAAGGUUUCCAGAUCACAAAGCUUCAUCAGGACAAUAAAUAGACAUUGGACCUUUUUGUAUAAAUGUACAAACACUAUCGGCACAUGUAGCUCUUCUAACUGACCAGCAACGGCUUAAUAGGAUGUAUAUACUGUACAUAUGUGUAUGUAUAUAUUUCACUAAACGCAGUGCCUAUUAAAGGUACCUAUUUUAUUGUUACAACAUGGAAUCAUGAGAUUUAAAUACAUGUAAAAACCUAAAUGACUAAUAUUCAGAUCUUAUAGUGCAUUUGAAUAAUUCGAAGCAAUUCAUUCCAGUAAUUGAAUGAGAAUUCACUCUCUUGCCAAAUCAACUAAUACAUUUUAAAUUCAUGACUAAAUGAAAAAGACAUUUUUUAAAAAUAUAUUUUAUUGUUCCAUGUUGUUACUAAAUAAGUUCUGAAAAUGUUAGGAAUGCACUAUAUAAAUAGUGUGUUCCUUAUUUUUUUGUUGUGCACUCAAUAUACAGUGUAUAUAUACACAAACAAUAACUGUGAACGUUUACAGAAAUGCACUAUAAAAAGACUGUUUGGUCAUAAACUUAAGUGGCAUCAGUGCACACGAUCUAUAAGCUAACAAUCUCUUACCAUUAUUCUGUUCCACUUUUAUUUAUUUAUUUUCCUGUUUUUAUAUAUUACAAAAAAGGUCAACACUUUAGUUUGGGG